AUGUCAAAGGUCAUCACUCUGUAUAUAAUUGUUAGAUGUCCUUUACCUUUACUGUUGAAAGCUACCAUUGAGCUGAGUCAAGAAACAACUGUAAAUGCAGCUGCAUCCACCGAUAUUUCACUAGCGGUGUGUCAAGAUUCCUGCAGCAACAUUAGCAUUCCCUACCCUUUUGGUAUUGGCACUGGUUGCUUCUGUGCAGGCUUUGAGAUCCAAUGUAAGGAGGUUGAUCAGAAGCUGAAGGCUUUCUAUGGUGGCAACACCAGCUCCCUUGCUGUCAUUGACAUCUCACUGUUAGAAGUCUGGCCGUAUGGACUAUUCGAGCACAUAUAUGGAUUUGAGAGGCUCCCUGUUCACGACUCCACCACCCUGAACAAAUUCACUGAUGGCUGUGACACCCUUGCAUACAUAGUAGGAGACAAUGGAAAUUUCUAUGCAAGUGGGUGUGUAUCCAUCUGUAACAGUGAUGAUAAGAUCACUAAUGGCUCAUGCAGGGGCACAGGCUGUUGCCAGACUUCCAUUCCAGAUGGCCUUGUCUUCUUCAACUCUACAUCAGAUAAGGAUUGGUUCACUUUAAUUUCUUCGGAUUUGGUGGAUUGGAAUUUUCUCCAGAAAUACAAGGACGGAGUCCCUCUGGUGAUAGACUGGGUAGUCGGAGUUACUUUUUCAACUGCUCUAAAAAUUAUGAAGGAAACCCCUACCUUAAAGAGGGAUGCCGAGAAGGGAGCUAGUCAUGCCCUUCUGAGAAAGCUUGUUAAAGGGAAAGGAAGGUUCUUCCAGAAAAACGGAGUUCUACUGUUGUAUGAAGAGAUCAAGUCGAAAGAUUCUAGAUGCGGGGCUUUGUUCAGGAUAUUUGGAAAAGAAGAUAAGGAAGAGGAAAAUAAUUUUGACAUGAAUCUAAUCCUUGGGCAUGGAGGACAUGGGACAGUUUAUAAGCGAAUUUUAGAAGGAAAAGUAACCGUUGCCAUGAAGAAGUCUAGGAUGAUUGAUGAAAGCCAAAAGGAAGAAUUUGUGAAAGAGAUUCUACUUACAUCACAAAUUAAACAUAAGAGUUUAGUUAAGCUUUUUGGGUAUUGCAUAGAGGUUGAAGUUCCAAUAUUGGUAUAUGAAUUUCCUUCUAACGGGGCUCUUCAUGAUUAUAACCAUGGCAAUAAUUGCCUGCAAUUUAUUCCAUUAGAACUUCGUCUCAGGAUUGAUAUAGAAUCCGCCAAAGCAGUCGCCUAUUUGCACUCCUCAGCUUCGCCUCCCAUCCUUCAUGGUGAUGAUAAGUACUCUAGCAUCCUAAUAGAUGAGAACUGUUAUGUGGCAAAAGCGUCUGAUUUCGGUGCUUCAACUCGAGUAGCCUUGGAUGAAAAGUUAACUGCUCAUAAGGAAGAAUGCAUUUGGUUUCAAAGGGCCCAAAACAGAGAAGAGUCUUGCGUCCACCUUUCUCUCUAUGAUGAAUGGAGGUCGUUUAAUGCAGGUUUUUGGCAAUUAGAGAUGUUGCUUGAAGUUUAUUACCUUGCGAAACAAUGACUUAGCAUGAAGGGAGAAUAAAGGCCCACCAUGAAAGAGGUGGUGAAGGGGCUUCAGAAGUUGAGGAAGUUCAAUCAGGCAUCUAUGGAAGCAGCAUAAAAAGCCUGAAGAAUUGGAGAUCUUGCUUAGAGAUUUAUCAAACCGCUCUGUCGGUGAUGCUACUGGAUAUACUAUAGUUUGGAGAAUAGGGCAGUACUGAGCAUUGAAGGCAGGCGCUGAAGCUGUGUGCUUCUCUUUAAGUCGUAUAAGAUUUGAUGGUGGUAAUUGUUAACUUGCUAUAUUCCGCAAAGUGAAUGUAAUGGACUAGUAAAGCUGUUUGUGUUUGCUGGAUCUAGUGGUUGUUGUAGACUUCAUGUUAUCGAUUAUAUGUUUCUGAAUACUGUUGGGUCUACUGGUUGUACUAAUUGUUCUAGCAUUCCCAGACGACAAACUUAUCGGUUUCAGUUGUACUCAGUCAAUUAGACGUUAAACAGUAGAUGCAUUUUCUCAUAUUAGAAGGCUCCUUGUCAUCUU